AUGGCUGUUGUCCACGAGAAAGGUUCAACUCCCAAGUAUGAAUUUAAGGGUCACGAGAACGUUAUAUGGGGUUGUGUCUUCUUGCACGACAAUGUCCACAUCGUGAGCGGAUCACAGGAUGGCACAAUGCGAAAGUGGAACUGCGAUACUGGACGUCUUGUCGGUAAACCAUGGAGAGCUACAGGGGGAGAGAUAAACGCACUGGCAUUGUCACCUGACGGGAAGAUAAUUACGUGUGGGAGGGCGGACGGGAGUGUUCAGCAGUGGACCACCGACGGCAAUAUUAUUAGUGGUUGGUGGGGUCAUGCAAAGGCGGUGCGCGGGUCCGAUGAUGGAACAAUCCUGAUUCGAAAAGCAAAAAGUGGAGUAUUAGAGGUUGCGAUUCAGCCGCGGCGGGAGCGCUGGUUUGACCCGGAUGAGGACUACACCCCCUCGCAGGUAUGGAGUCUUUCCUACUCACCGUUGGGUGAUAGAAUUGCGUCAGGCGGGAGUGGCCAUAGAAUUUACAUCUGGAACACGAAAAACGGCAAGUAUGUCAUUGGACCUCUUGGAGGGGGGAACGUCGUGACUUCGUUGGUGUGGUCAUCGGACGGCAAAGAACUCUAUUCCGCCUCCGAUAAUUUCGCACGUGUUUUUGACACCAUCACAGGCGAGCUGCUUCAUCGCUAUAGACAUGACGAUUACCUAUUCUCGGUCGCGCUUUCACCUAAAAACAAUGUCCUGGCCUGCGUGGGCUUUUUCGGUAUUGCACAGCUGUGGAACACAAAAUCCCACAAACGCGGCCGAUCGCUUUGCCAGGAUCGUAAAACCAGUCGUUGUGUGUCAUUCUCACGAGAUGGAAGAUACCUAGCUUGUGGUGGAUACGACUACAAACUGACUGUCUGGGUCGUCAAUGCUCCCAAACCUUCGCACCACCAAAAUCAGUCUGAGCCCCCACCUCAUACUAAUGCUGCAAAGUCGUCGAGUUUCCCUCGGCCCCCCAAACCAUCCUUAGCUCGACGCUUCUGGAACAUGAUAUCUCGACACCACUCGCCGGUGCACCAGUCUGUUCCACAAAAACCGCCCAAGCGCCCUCGUCGUGCUCGCCCGAGGUAA